AACCAGCAACCAGAGGUGGCAACUGUUGUGCAGCAAGAAUUUUCACCAGACUGUAUAAUUAUUUACCACAAGACACUUAGUAAAUUUCUUCCAAGCUUCAUCAGUGCAGUGGUAAAUGCAUGAAAACUGUAAAGAUGUUAUUCUAUAAGGGUUAUGUCAGCUACUAGAAUUUUGCUAAUAUCUUCUGCAGCUUGUGUUAUGCCACUUGUUGUGUGGAAUCUACAAAGGUCAGUUACGUUUAGUUUGAAGAAAUUAAGAAAUCAUGUGCAACUUCUGAUGAAUUUGUCAGAGAUGGAAAGUUACAGUUUAGGAGUUAUCUUUGUUGGUGAAUCUUGCAUCAAGCAAAUGAAUAAUGAAUAUUGCAAUAUCAACAAACCAACUGACAUCUUGUCAUUUCCAAAUCAUAUAAUUAUUCCUGGUAACUUACAUACAAAUGAAGCAUUGAAAUUGGACGAGAACCUUGGUGAUAUAUUUCUUUGCCCAUCAGUCAUCAGGAACCACUGUGUUGAUGAUGAAACAGAUUUUCAAAAUUCUCUUCCUGUUUAUGUUACACAUGGGAUAUGUCACUUGAUGGGUUACACACAUCAUACCAGUGAAGAUUGGACUCUGAUGUUUUCGAAGGAAAAAGAAAUUUUAUCGGCUUUCGCAGAAAGAACUGGAAUAAUCUGUUCCCCAUUGACUGCUCAGUCAAAUUAAUAUAAGUGAAAAAUGUGCAAAUAUCAAGACUGUUGGUCCCAUAUAGAGUUGUACUAUCAAUGAUGAAAUAAACGUAGAUUUGUGUGAA